AAAAAUACAUGCUGCACGAUAUCCUCAGCAUCGGAUGGAAAACCCGAUGAUUUCGCAUUUGUGAACGCGCCAUCCGGCCCUGGCGCCGCAGCUCCCUCUUCCCCGCAUGGGUGAUCGCGCCACCCUGCACGGCCCAGCUCGAUAUCCCUGGGGAGAAAGGGGGAGCACUGGCAUAACCGACAUGGUGGAUGGGGCCGGUAAUGAGGCUCAUUCCGGAUACUCUCACCGCCGCUUUGAAGGUCGGUCUAGCCGGUUGGCCUGCCAAGCUGGUCACUGGUGUGGGGGCUCGUUGGUUGGUUGGCUGGUGGAUGGAUGGGUGUGUGAUACCAUCUUUUAUUUACGGCCGGUACCAAAGAUGUUAAAUACCCAUUUCAUUUUGGUGCACAUCUGUUUAAAUACGUG